AUGGACUGGCGCAAUAAUGUUGCAUCGGAACUGGCAUCGUCGGACAUUCCGUCGCUGAACUUGACACCGUACUCGACUGCUGACGUGGUUUCUGUCGGGUGCUCGCUGAGCCUGCGUGGCCUGCCGCUGGCUCUCGUGAACUGCAUCCUUGAUUCCGCAGGGGUAUGGGUACACCACCAAACGGACACACGCGAAGUCGUGGAAGGAUGGGCGCCAAUGGAGCGGGAAUACGUGCGUAUGACCAUUCCGGUCGACGCAUACCCAUCGGUCCAUGUCUCAGUGUGUCGGGCUCUGACGAUUGAAUGUGUCUCGCAUGACCAAGGAUGGGCCACCGACAUGCCAGAAUCCAACUCCACGUACUUUGGAUGCAAUAGUUGGGUCGAAUUCGACACAUGUGCCGCAACUUUCGCCCAUGCCUCGUAUCGUUGCCACAUUCUGCACAUCACCGAUAGUGCCCUUUUGGAUCGCCUCACGCCAGGCUGCCACGUCAUUGUGUACCUCCGGGCGCUGGUUCCUGGCUGGAGCAACCAUGCCAAGUACGGUCGCGUGCGAGUGCAAUAUGCUUGUGCCCUCAACGAUUCGUUCAAUGUCGAGCAAUGCCCCAAACUAGCGUCGACCUCCUCCGAGCUCAACGUGGGUCCGUCAGCGUACAUUCCCCCGUCGUUUGCAAGCUCGACCAACCAGCCCCAUCCCGACACGGUAACACGAUCGUUUCAGCGACGAGACGCCAUCACAAGUAUUACCGAGCACGAAGAAUGGAAUGUGUCGACCGAGGACGUCCAAACCGACCUCGAUCGCACGUUGGAGACCAUCCGGUCGAGCUUGCAGCGGACGCAAGAAGUGUACCUCGCGUUUGUCAUGGACACGACUGGGAGCAUGUUCUCAAACAUGCACGCCGUCAAGACCCAAAUCAGGGCUAUCGCCGAGGCCUAG